AUGCAGGUGGAAACCCUAGUUAACUUGGAGGCAGCUGGGCGCGGGGGCACGCUCUCGGAGGUGGCGCGAAGCCGGGGAGAUGACCUCGCGCGCGCUGCGGCCCGGCAGCGCACGGUUAGGCCUCGCUUCCGCUGUAAGGUGUUAGGUUUUGAGGGCCCCGAGAGGGGAACACUCCCGCAGCGUAAGGAUAUCCCACCGUGGGUGAAAGUUCCCGAAGACCUGAAAGACCCAGCGGUGUUUCAGGUCCAGACGCGGCUGCUGGGAGCCAUGUUUGGCCCAGACGGAUCUCGCAUCCCCUACAUCGAACAAGUGAGCAAGGCCAUGCUCCAGCUGAAAGCUCUGGAAUCCUCGGACCUCACCGAGGUCGCGGUCUAUGGCUCCUACUUGUACAAGCUCCGGACCAAGUGGAUGCUCCAGUCCAUGGCCGAGUGGCACCGCCAGCGGGAGGAGCGAGGGAUGCUCAAACUUGAGGAAGCCAUGAAUACCCUCCAACUAGGCCCGUGGAUGAAGUGAAGCCCGUUUCCAGACAAUGUGUUACUGAGGCCAGGAUGUCACAAGAUUAGGUUGCAGUCAGAGCUGGAGUGGUUUCAGCUUGAUUUAAACUCUGCUCCAGCCUGAUGAGUUAAGGAAAAACCAUCUGUUUUUUUUUUUUGUCUCUGCCCUGAGUCCUGAUGUAGUUGUUAGUUAAAGAAUAA